AUAGAGAAUUCUAUUCUUCUUUCAAUCGAAUACCGCCCUAUGGGCACGUCGGCUACUACUGGUGUUACUGAUUUUCCUGAUAUACUCGCUCAAACUGAACAAGGUUGUACAGUUCUCAUUGACGGUAAUACACUCAGGGAACUUUUAAAUUCAUUUGAAUCACACGACGGGAAGCUCGAUCUCAUACAAAACGUGAUUCGACAGGUAAACAGGAAGAUAAAAAUGCAAUCGGACAGUUUUGAUGAGAUGCUGCUCCGGCAACAGAUGCUUAUUCAUCAACAAAAUCAGCAACGAAUUCUGGCAAUGAUGACACAACCAAAUCUUUCAUUACUUUUUCCCGGUAAGUUGUACAGGGACAAAAGGUCCCCCCUAAUGACCAAGUAUCUUCCAAUCCUCAUAAAUUUUGCUUAUUUAGCAUCAGCAUUCACAAAUCACUCACCGGCUUCAUCUGGAAAGAGCACUCCCGGAAAUGGCUCGCUACUCUCCUCACUUGAGCCUCCAACGAGCGUUCGAACUCAGGCCAAAUCACCGAAUCACAUCAAAAGGCCUAUGAAUGCUUUUAUGGUGUGGGCCCGUGAUGAGAGAAGGAAGAUCCUGAAAGCACAUCCAGACAUGCACAAUAGCAAUAUUAGUAAAAUUCUCGGAAAUCGAUGGAAAUCGAUGAGUAAUUCGGAGAAGCAACCAUACUAUGAGGAGCAGUCACGUCUCAGCAAAUUGCACAUGGAGCAACAUCCCGACUACCGUUACAGACCACGACCAAAACGAACGUGUCUAGUGGACGGGAAAAAAGUUCGUAUCAACGAAUACAAGACGAUGAUGAAAAAGAAAGAACCAAGCUGGCCUGAAGAUCAAUCGAUAUCUCCCACAUCACAAGUGACUUUGUUGGCCGAUUUUGCCCAUCAUCAUCAAUCGCAUAUGUUACAAACAGCUGAAUAG